AUCCUUGCGUUGAGGCGUAUACUAUUCCUUGAAAAUUUUGGAUUCCCAUGACGCAUUUAGUAAACCAAGGCAACGAAACCUUAUCCAGUGUUGAAAAGGAAUUGAAACGUUCUAAACCUAACUUGACUCAAGCUUGGAAGCAACUGAAUGAUCUCAAGGUUCUUUUGACAAAACUUCCCAGUCUACAGCAUACGAAGGAAUAUUCUUCUGUUUCUAAAGAAGAGUUUUUAUUGGCAAGGUCAACUUUUGAAGUGGCCUGUUUCCUAAGUAUUUUGGAGAAGGAUAUGGAAAGUUUCGAACGCCACUUUAUGCAAUUGAAACCAUUGUAUCUCGACCUUUCGAAUUUUCUAUCUCGCUCUUCAAACGAAAGCCUGUUGGUAGGAUUGAAUUUUAUGAGACUAUUGUCGCAAAACAGGAUCGCAGAGUUUCAUUCGGAACUAGAACUUUUACAAAAGCCUAUAAAAGAAGACCCUUAUGUAACGUUUGCUAUUCGUUUGGAACAAUGUCUUACAGAGGGUUCCUAUGCAAAGCUUCUAUCUUUGUCGAAGAGCAGUCCGAAUGAUUAUUUUCAAUAUUUCACUCAGAUACUUGCUCAUACAGUUCGUAAGGAUAUUGCAGACUGUCUGGAAACGGCAUACAGAUAUCUGAGUUGCGAUGAUGCUAUGGAAAUGUUAUCUUUCGGAUCUCCCGAUGAGUUUAAAAAGUUUAUAGAAGACAGAGCUUGGAACAUAGAGAAUCAGCAACUUGUAUUUCAAACUACAGAAGAGAACGAAAAUCCUAUGGAUGUUUUGAAUCACAACGAGUUACUUUCUUUAAUUGAACAAAAUAUAUCCUAUGCGAAGGAAUUGGAAAGAAUAGUAUAGCAUAUGCCAUAAACUUGUUGUGUUACUUUUCAGUUGUAUCUCCUUGUUUUUUUGA